UAUUCUGUGCUAAGUUAGGUUUUUUGCAGUUUUGAACUAGAAUAGUUGUGUCAAAUGUCCGAGUUGUUACCGUUCAGUGAUGUUCAAACUAAUCAAAUACUGUUGAUUGCUGGAUACUUUAAACGUGAGCCCAAGAAGAAGGCUGGUAACGUAACAGCGGAAUAUUCAAGAAUCUUACAAAGAAAAGCACGAAAGUACAUCGACGAGUGGCUUAUGAAAGGUGUCCCACCAGUUACGUUUGAUAAAUUAGCAAGAUCAGCACCAUGGAUUUUUGAAAAGUUUGAGUUGACGAAGUCUGUAGUUCAAGAAAACAUAUCCACCCAGCCAUGUCAAUCGACAUCAAAGCCAACACCUGUUCCAGGAAACACAACUACACUUAAUGGCUACCAUACAUCGCAGGAUACUUAUGGACAAGAAGGUGGAACGUCACACAUUGCUGAACUGUUGUUUAGUGAAGAUGAUGAUGAUGAUGGAGAUGAUACGUCACAUGAAUUUGAAGGAAUGCCAGCUAAUUUUUUAUGUGGUGGAGAGUAUUUGGAAAAACACUGA